UCUGGCACUCCACGUAGAAAGAGAGGACGUCCGUCGGGUGUUGGAGGACCACGCGGGGGCUUUAGAGGCAGACCAAGAGGAGGACCCUCACACUCUACACGAGUCCCGAUCGACAAGGAGGGCAACAUGAUGGACGUCAUCAACGAUGAGAUUGCGCUCCCAGAAGAUGCCGAAGGAGAGACCAAAGUCAACAAGGACGGUCAUCUGCAAGGCGGCCGCGACUACCGUGUGCGCGUCUUUACCAUCCUAGGCCGCGGCGACAGGCUCUACAUGCUGUCGACCGAGCCCGCUCGCUGUACUGGCUUCCGCGACAGUUACCUCUUCUUCACCAAGCACCUGCAGCUCUACAAAAUCAUCAUCGGCGAGGAGGAGAAGAAAGACUUGAUCUCGCGCGACAUCAUCCCGCAUUCCUACAAAGGUCGCGCAAUCGGUGUGGUUACUGCCCGCUCUGUUUUCCGCGAAUUUGGUGCGCGCAUUGUCAUCGGAGGACGCAAGAUCACCGACGACUACCAAGUCCAGGUGGCCAAGGAGAGAGGCGACAUCGAGGGUGAGUUGGCCGACCCCAACGAUCGUCUGCCUGCUCCAGGUGAGGCAUACAACAAGAAUCAGUAUGUCGCUUGGCACGGAGCCAGUCAGGUCUACCACAACAAUGCUCCUAGCGUUCCUCUUCAGCCAGGCAAACCUGCUCCAGGAAAGNNAAAAAAGACUAACAUCACCACUGGCAACUGGCAGUUUGAGCACGCCAGGGAGGCAAGUCGCUUCAAUUCUACUCUCACCGCUGCACGCCGCUCAAAUCUCCAUGGCAUCUACGACAUCAACACCAACCUGAUGUUCUAUCCCAAGAUCAUGCAACCGACCCACAUCAAAUGGGAGCCUGUUGUACCAGGCGCAGAGAAGGAUUCCAAUGGAGAAUUCACCACCUUCCGACCUCUUUCCGAUCUUAUUGCGAGGAACUAUCUCGUCACCGACACCUACUUCGAGAGCGCACCUAGAGCAAAUCUGGGCGUUCCUGGUCCAGACGGCGAUGUCGAUGAUCUUUCCACCAACGGUCUCUCAACAAUUCCACAAGAUGUCCUAGACGAGCUCCCAGAAGAUUGCAGAGCAGCCUUUGAAGAAGCAAUGAACGCCGAACUUGCUUGGAAGUCCAAAUGGCAAGACGAACACACCGACGGCGCACGCGGCAAAUUGCGCAUCGGUUUCAAUGGCUUUCCAGUA